AUGGCUUGUGCAGAUUGCUUCAGGGGAACUAUCCACGAAGGAACCCCCAAAGGCAAAGAGGAGAUGCUGCACAGCAUCCUCACAUAUAUCGCAUCCCCCGAAACGGGCCCUACGUCAACUUCCCAAAUCAUCUUCAUCACCGACGUCUUUGGGUUCAACCUCGUGAACAACAAACUGCUAGCAGACAAAUAUGCCACCGAGACUGGAUGCUUGGUUCUCAUGCCCAGCGUCAUUCCGGGUGGUGGAGCACCUCUCUCGGCGAUAGAGCUGUUUGACUCCCUCUCGACGCCUGUUGGCCUAUUUAACCUCACAGGCCAGGCGAAGAGAGCAGGAGCUGCGAUGCGAGCUGCGACCAUAUUUGCUCCAUUUGCAGUACGCACGCGAAACGCGUACCCGAAACUGCUCAAGUUCUCCCGCGACGUUAAAGCUUCGCUGCCGACUGGUGCCAAACUGGGGGUUGCUGGGUUCUGUUGGGGUGGGAUGCACUCGACCAAGCUCACCGGGGAGCCAGCAGAAGAGGGUGGCAACCAGUCCUUGUUCGAUGCUCACUUCGUGGCUCAUCCAGCUGGUCUCAAAGUACCGGAUGACUUUUCGGCCGCGGCCAGCCGGUUCAAGGUCCCCAUUAGCUUGGCAGUGGGGGAUCUUGACAUGGUGUUGUCCAAGGAUAAUAUCGACAGUAUUGAACGCGGUUUGAAAGAGGUCUUUGGAGGAACCUCGGAUGGAUAUGAGGUCAAGACUUAUGGCGGCUGUAAGCAUGGGUUCGCUGUACGAGCUGAUCCAAAGAGGACGAUGGAAGAUGAGGCUGCAAUGGCAGCAGCUAAGCAAGCCGUCGACUGGUUCAAAAAGUAUCUGGGAUGA